AUGGGCAACAACGCGUCCUUGCACGAGUCCUGCCGGACCGGCGACCUCGACGGCCUCGCGCAGCUGCUCGCAUCCUCCGAGACGGCCGACGUCGAGAAGGCCGACGAGGACGGCCGGACCGCGCUUCUCGUUGCGGCUGGAAGCGACCCGGAGGUCAAGAGCCCGAGCCCGACGCCGCAGGCGCUCGAGUCGGACACGAUCAAGGCCGCCGCCCACUCGGUGCAGCACGAGAAGAAGCAGAUC